AGUCAGCCGGGUUUCCUCACAGCUCUAUGCCUUUUCACGGACCAUCUAAAUCAUCCAAGUCGUCCUCGUCCGGGUCUGGAACCUCGUCCAUUUCGUCAACAGCUAUUGCGGCCUUUGGUACUGGGGUUGGUAAAGCGUCAGUCUUCUCUGCUACAGCUUCUGUCGUGGCGACUGCUUCUUGGGGGACGGGCUGUUGCGCGGCAGCUUUGGAUGAUGAGUCUUGAGGAACAGCAUCAUCAGGAGCAGCAUCUCCGGCAGAAGCCUCGUGUGAGGCAGCAUUUUGAGGCUUUGAAUCUAGAGGAGGAGUCGCUAGGGAAAGACUAGAGGCCGGAGUAUGAGCGGUUGGAGCAUCAGGCAUGAGAGUGUGAGAUGAGGCAGCAGCAUCAACCUCGGCCUCGGCCUUGAGGUCUGUGGUAUCCUCAAUAUCAUCCUUCUUGUCCUCUUUCACCUCAUCUUUCACACCCUCUUUAACAGCCUCUUUGAGCCCCUCCGUGGCCUCCUCCUUCAAGGCGACUUCCGUGUCUUUGUCCACGCCCAUGAUGAUAUCUGCGUUGUCUUUCCCAGCACUCGAACGCCCCCACUUUUGCCAAAGGAAGCGGAUGAAGUGAGAUUGAUGAUGGAAGUCAGCCAAGUUCAGAAAAUGCCUUAUGAGAAAGGCCAACGAUGGCGGAAGGUUAAUAGAGUGAAGUUUUGUGUUGUAGGGACCAAGUCGUAAGUAAUUUUAUACCUUGGUACGUGGGCAAUCUGGGGGAUCGAUGCCCGCCCGCUUCCAGCUUAACUAAAUCACUGAGCCGAGGUGACCUAUGAUGCGGCGCUAGCAGGUUCGCACCUCAAGCGGGCUGCCUUCCAUUUGAUUAACAAGUGCCCCUCACUAAGGUACCUAGUGAGUACCUAAAGGAUUCAGAAGGUCAACAAGCCGCAACAGCGCAAUCAACCCCUGGACCUGAAGGCGUGAGGCCCUGGGCAUUUAGGUGACCACCUAGCGGGGUUUGCCGGAAAGGCAUCCAUGCCCCGACUGGCAUCUUUUCGACCAAAGACAACAGGUUCUGGCCUGUGCAUUGAAUCAUCAACAAGACGUCGUUUCGUGAAUUGUACCUCGGGCACGGUCGCGCAAACAAUAGGUCCCGGCUUCGAGCUGACUUUCGAUUUGUUUCUUUUCGUUGUCAGAUAUUUCCCCUCUGAAGCAUUUUCCUCACCCAACAACGGAAAGCUUGGCCGUCAGAGCUGUGCAAGCUCCUAUCCAGUGACUCUUUAUCCUGCCGCAACUCGCGUCGCACCUCAGUUUUCCGAUCUCUCACGCGAUUCUCGACAAUAUUUUCUUCUCAUAUUCUUCGCCUGCAAAUCUUACCGCCCUCGUCCCACCUCUGAUCGACAUCGCUGAACGACGGAAUCAUGGCGCUUUGCCAGAACCGAUUACAAGAGGAGAGGAAGCAGUGGCGACGAGACCAUCCUUUCGGGUUCUAUGCCAAGCCACAGCGUACCAAAGAGGGUGUACUCGAUGUCAAAAAUUGGGAAUGCGGAAUCCCUGGCAAAGAGAACACAAUUUGGGCUGGUGGACUCUUCAAGCUGACCAUUGCUUUCCCUGAUGAGUACCCUACAAAGCCCCCCAAGUGUAAAGACCUUUCAACCACAAUGUGUGAAGGCCGCCUUGCUAAUAUAAACGUAGGCAAAUUUGUUCCCCCGCUGUUCCACCCCAAUGUGUACCCUUCAGGAACUGUCUGCCUGUCCAUCCUCAACGAAGAGGAGGCCUGGAAGCCUGCGAUCACCGUCAAACAAAUCCUUCUUGGUAUCCAGGACCUUCUCAACGAUCCUAACCCCGAGUCACCUGCCCAAGCGGAGGCAUACAACCUCUUCAAGAGAGAUCGUGCCGAGUACGAGAAGCGAGUUCGCCGUACGGUUCGCGAGAACCCCACACCUUGAUGAAACGUUCGGAGGCGUUAGGAGAGAAGAGACCUUUUAGACCAAAUUUUUCUUUGUAAGGCACCUCAGGCUACGGCGUUUAUAGGGAAAUACCAAGGCGGAACGUUACUCAGAGUCUAUGAAGUGGACUCCACGCAUUACGGAGGCAUGCUAUAUAUCACAGUAUGACAAGAAGAGCUUGACAAUACAGCAGGAGAUAGGUGCUAGCGUAACGUCAUCAGAAUCCUUUUUAUACCGGGGAAUGAGCAGGCAGUUCACUGCGAUAGUGCGCUUUUUUGAAAUUCGUGAAAGUCUUCUUUUCGUAAAGAAACCAUUUAUCUCGGGACUGUCGAAGAGCCGCCACUCUUAUCGAUUCGUAUUUCUUGGGUCCUCAUCGGCGAGUGAAUCACUUGCGGCUGCGUUGUCGGGAUAUGCCCCACGCACUCGGUUACGUCGCAAACAAGAGCGGAUGUCUUGCGCGUGAAACCUGUCGUGGGAAAGGUUUGAUGGGGAGUUGAUAUGAGAAGACCAGAGCGAUAUGUGUGACGGGGCUGCCUUUAUAUGUACGUUUUGGAGAACAGUUUCUUUUAUAGAGUAUCUCAUAUGUUCUGAUAAAUAUACGUCGAUC